GAGAAAAAUAAAUAAAUAAAACCAUGUGGGCACUUGGAUACUAAAAGAGUAGCAGCGAGUAGAAGGAUAUCAUUACACUUUUUUCCUACUCUCAUUCCCGUCCCGGUCCACCUCCCCCUACUCCCCCCACUACAUUCUGCGACUCUCCGCCACAUCAGUUCCCCACUCCCCCCGUCCCUCUCUUUCUGUUACUUGGCGAAUCUGUCAGACCCAAUCAAAAUGGAGUUCACCAGGCACCAUCACCGCCGUUCACCCUCCUCCGACCGCUUCCUCGGCGUUUUCUCCCUUCCGACGCCAUCAUCCACUGAAUCCCCCGGAGAACACGAGCUCAACGAAGCAGAAGUCUUCUGGACCGCUGAUUUUACCGAACCUAACCGCUCCGAUACCCACCAUGAUCACCAUCGCCGCUUGAAUUUCGGGCAAUCGAUGGAAUCCGGAAUCCUCUCCGUGCUACCCGAAGCCCAUCGAUUGCGCUACCAGGCUCUCCGUGAGGGACCAGUCCUGUGCCGCAAGCCUUCAAUAUCAUCCACGUCCUUGUCGUCAUCGAAGGCGAUUCCAUCAAUCCCGAGACCGCCGGAGAGGGAGUACUUGCACCACCAUCAGUCGGCGCCGAUGAAGGUGCCGGUACUCUCGAAUGCCACGGCGAAGAGGAGUAACGUACUGCUUCUCGAGGUGGAAGACGAUGACGGAGAAGACGCCGAGAUGUUACCACCUCACGAGAUCGUUGCCAGGGGCUCCGGGGUGUCGCCUAAGACGACGUUUUCGGUUCUGGAAGGUGUUGGAAGGACUCUCAAGGGAAGGGAUCUGCGCCAGGUUAGAAAUGCUAUCUGGCGCAAAACUGGCUUUCUCGAUUGAUUUUCCCUCAUUCUCGGUAUUAACAUAACUGACUAUGGUUUAGCCACUUUUUCUUUCUUGUUUUCUCUUGAAUAUGAAAAAUAGAGGGGUUUUGUUCCGAGAGUUUGUUGAUUGAUUUGAGACUUUUAAGUGGACGAGUCGGUGUUAUUUUUAAUAUACAUAUUACAUAUAUUAUGGUAUUUACAGAUUUGGGGACAAGGAAAGGUAGAAGAAGAUGAAACUGAAGUAAAACCAUUGUUUGAGUGAGUGACUGGGUGCUUGCUGUUUUGCCAUUGCAUCGUCGUCAUUAAUUUUAUAGUCAAAUACUCCAUAGAAGUGCUGGCACUUGGCAGUUUGCUGGAUGCGAUGAACUUGAAAAUUAAUUGAAGGAUAUCAUGAACUUGUGCAGCAUACAUUAUUACA